AUGGUUGGCCAGUAUUGUGAGAAUGGCUUUUCUGCUGUCCGGAAGAUACCUGCAACUCUCUCAGAGGAAGGGAGAAAGCAUUUUAUUUUUAGCAGUCUCCUUCAGCCCAGGGCCUUCAUGAUGAAGACGCAUCUCUGCCUUAUCAUCGUCCUUCUCUGCUCUUCACCUGCAGCGCAGGGCUACAUCUGGGCAUGGAUGUACUCGUUACCUUAUCAGAAUCCCGGUGAGGUGGCAUCCUUCAAAGGCUCCAGACCGUCUGCUCACCAGGACCUGAAGGUGGCUGUGUGCAGCCAGGAAACCCAUUGUCCCCACGGGUUCUUCUGUGACCACCAUUUUGGGCUCUGCCUAACCCUCCGAGAAGAAGGGGAGUACUGCCGUCGGGAUGCCCACUGCGCCAGGGGCUUGAGCUGCAUGUUUGGCAAAUGCCACACAACUGUGCCAGGUGGACAGGAAGGUUCUCGCUGCCACCGGGAUACAGACUGUGCGCCUGAUGCUUGCUGUGCCCGACUCCACGGGGAGAUGGUUUGCAAGAAACGGCUGCAUUUAGGUGAAGGAUGCUAUAUCCCCCAAGGAGGAAUUGCAUUCAGCUUGAACCAAGUGUGUCCCUGCCUAGAAGGGCUGGUUUGCAGAAGGACCCCUCCUAACCAACAGGCCCCAUCAGAGUACUGGCCGGAUAAAGGCGAUUGGAGAUGCCAGAAAAAAUAAGAAAGUGGCCACCCACCUCCCCGCCCCAACCAGCCCAACAUUUUUAAAUAACCUGUGUAAAUAUCACUGUAUAUAGAGUUGCUCCGCCCUUUGUUUCUCAGAUAUGGGCAUUUUCAAAUAAAACAAGUUCUUUAAGUGUGGGUCUGCCCCACUCAUGUGUAAAAUCUCUGUAGGGUUAUUGUUGAAGGCUUUCACAGCCAGAUUCAACUGGCUGUUGUGGGUUUUCUGGGCUGUGUGGCCAUGGUCUGGUAGUUUUGCCUCCUAACAUU